AUGGAGGGCCAGUCGUCGGCUGGUAAUUCUCAGUAUCGAUAUCCAUCUCAGUCGGCACAGUGGUCGCGACUUGUGCGGCGAAAUACAGUCGCUGACCCGGCGCGCGAUCUAUCGUCAGACAGUACAGCAUCUCCAGCUCUUCACCUUCCCGGCCUGCUUCCGAUCCUCCUCCCGCAGCACUCGUCCUAUCACCAAGCCCAGCUUGCACAAUACAACCGGCUCAUUACAUCUGGCAGAGCAUCGGCGUCGCCACUUCCACCCAUUGUGUCUGCACAAAACAUUCAGGGCGUGUCCGGGCAUCGAUCUAAUUCUAGCGGUGGCAAUACGACUCGGGCUUCUAAAUCUACAUCUCGGGUCGGUCAUGGGAAUAAGGAAUCUCGUAAAUCAAGCAAAGGCGAGCAUUUGCUCAUAGCAGAGAAGGAUAAGCCCGCUACGAUGCCGGCGAAGAAAUUAGAGUUGGCCAACCAACUACCCCACAGACCUACUAUAGCACUCCAAGCUACCAACAUCUCGCAGCAGUCGAGUUCUGUUCCUUCAACGCCUCAUCAACAUGCUAGAAAAUUCUCCUUCACAUCUAGAGAACCCUCUCCGGAUGCCACAAAUCACCACUCUCCCCGAUCAGCAUACUCAGAGUCCAAUCUUACCCUUACUUCUGCGAGACCGUUGCCAGCCCAACGAGGAGGAUGUCGUUACGAGACGGCCAUGGCACAUACAAAGCGGCGGAUGCCCUACAGCAUCGGCAGUGAAAAAUUGGAGAAGUUAAACCCGACAGAUGUCAAGAGCAAACUUUCCGAGGAUGAAGAAAGGAAAUUGACGACAGAUAUGCGGGAAUUGUACGAUCGAUUAUUACCAACUGCUCAAAGCGACGGUAGGAGGCUAAAGUUGGUGGAGAAAUUGGAGAAAUUGUUCAAUGACGAGUGGCCUGGACAUAAUAUUAGGGUGCAUGUAUUUGGGUCAUCUGGCAACCUGCUUUGCACAGAUGAAUCGGAUGUUGAUAUAUGCAUCACGACCGAUUGGAAAGAGUUGGAGGGUGUCUGCAUGAUUGCCGAUCUCCUUGCAAAAAACGGCAUGCAAAGAGUCAUCUGUGUCUCGACAGCAAAGGUUCCUAUUGUCAAAAUCUGGGAUCCUGAGUUGUGCCUAGCUUGCGACAUGAACGUCAAUAAUACCUUAGCACUGGAGAAUACUCGUAUGAUCAAGAUCUACGUUGAAAUCGACCCUCGAGUACGGCCGCUAGCCAUGAUAGUCAAACACUGGACAAAGAGAAGGAUAGUUAAUGAUGCAGCUUUUGGUGGCACGCUUAGUUCGUACACCUGGAUAUGCAUGAUUAUCUACUUCCUUCAAACCCGAAAUACUCCUGUUCUGCCAGCCCUUCACCAACGCCCGCAUAUCAAAACUCCGGUCAGCGGUUCUCAGGCUGCAUUUGCAGAUGAUCUCGAUACACUGCAGGGGUUUGGCAAGAGGAAUAAGGAGUCAUUAGGGCAAUUGCUGUUUUGCUUUUUCCGGUUUUACGGCCACGAGUUCGACUACGACAAAUAUGUGAUUUCGGUCCGAAAUGGAAAGCAGAUAUCUAAAGUGGAGAAAAAGUGGCAAUUAGCCAAUAACAACGGACUUUGUGUUGAAGAGCCCUUCAACACAAAUCGGAAUCUCGGGAACACAGCGGAUGAUACCUCUUUCCGUGGUUUGCACAUGGAGAUGAGAAGGGCUUUUGACCUGGUUUCGAAAGCAAAUUUGGAGGAGUGCUGUGAGCAGUUUCACUAUCCCAAAGAAGAGGAGCGAGUCUGGGAAAGACCCCCACCUAAGCCACGGCCUGUUUUGCGUAGCACAUCGCAGUCCAACCGAGGCGGAAGGAACGGGAACAAUCGAGGCGCGCGACAAAACAAUCAGCAUAACCGCAAUGGCAACAACAACAGAAGAGCUUCCAGUGCGGGUUUCGAUGGUGGUCUUCCAUAUAUGCCUCAACCCCUCCCACGAAACAUGACGGCGCAGGACAUUUGGCUUCAACAACAAGCUCAAGCACAAUUGCAUAAUGACCUGUUUGCGACAUACUCGGUUCUCCAAGCACAGGAGAAUAACCUACGGCUUCAAUUAUAUAAUCAAUCUCAAGGGUUUCUGCAAGCUCAACAAAACCAGGGUUAUCCCCAGUCUCCAUCCCAGAGCAGUUCUGGAACAGUCAAGCAGCAGGCCACUGAUCGGAAUCGGACCAGCUCCUUUGACCAACCACCGCUUACAGCUCCUCUUCGCCAAGACAUGUACUUCUAUCCAACGGGAUACACUACGCCAGUGUAUACAUAUCAGACCCCAAGCACAAACCCGUCGUCGCCAUCACUCAGCUCCGCUAUGCCCGAGUUAAGGCGCAGCAUGCAUCGAUCAAGUGUUGCGAAUGGUUCCGGCCCAGGUGGGCAAUCAAGCAGUUCACCUAGGUCUCAUUCACAGCCCGCCGUGCGUUCGGCUUCUACGCAACUCUCGCUGCAAAGUUUGGGUGUCGCGAGCCCCGGGCUUGGCAUCUAUCAAUCGAUGCGGCAGGCGAACGGUAUCCCUAUUCCUAAUUUCAUCGCCGAUGAAAAUUUAGAGCAUGCUGCUACGGCAACGACGAGUCCUCCCGAAGAUACGACCCCAAAAGAAUAUGUAGGCUAUUACUUCAAUAACCCUGGCCCAAGCACUGCUCGGAGAGAGUCGUUGGCCAUCCCAGCAUUCGGUGAUCUUGCGCAGAAUCGCCGGCGGUUGUCGACGGAUCAGCUUCCACAAUCAAUCCUUGACCGGCUGAAGCGACCUUCUCGGUCUCCAUCUCCUCUUGGCCAUGAUCGGUCCUAUUCUACAGGAGCACACUCGACUCCAAUCAUGACCAACUCUUCGCAGCAUGGGAUUUCGAGUACCGGCCUUAGAACUUUAAAUACUCAAGCUCCUCUUGUAGUCAAUGGAUCCAAUGUUCCUACGCCAGUCUCGAUUCCAAACUGGCAAGCUUCUGUUCAUGGAGCAUCCACAACUGACGAUCACGCCAGUGAUGUCGCGGUGGGCUCGAUGGAUUCAGCGUCGCAAAUGUCUGGAACUCCCAGCGAAAAGUUUGAGAGCGAUCAGGACUACGCUGGUUUGGCAACUCCAAAAGACUCCCAGUCUCGGGAUCAACCUGGCCUGCCAUGUGUGGUAAAUGGAUCUAGUUCGCAAAUGAGUGAGAUCUCGGCCCUCACUGGACUAUCCCUGGAUGGCGUUGCGACUGGUCUGGUAAACGGCCUAGCUGCUACAGAUUCUGGCAACAUCCCUCCUCGGCUGUCGCCCAACUCUCGGAACCGAAUGGCACGUCAAAAUGGCGGAAUGUCCCCUCUCGAUAUUGGAGCUGGGCACAACGACGGUGUGCGUGAUGACUUGCCCCAUCUGUCUCCUGUUUAUGAAACCCGAACUCCGUCGCCCACAGCAAAUAGAAAGUUCGAGGCUGGAUUGGAACGCAAGGCCAAAGGGCUGCAUUCAAAGGUCAAAGAUGAAUAUGAAGAAGUUCAGAGUUUCAAACAGAAGACCGCGCAUGCUACUGAAAACCAGGCCAAGCAAACUGCGGCAGUCCCGAAAGUAAAUGGCCAUACGAGAGCAUCGAAGAGCGAAGGUGGCGGACCCGGUAUUUGGCAGAAGAUUCCAAAAGGCAAGAAGAAAGGCCCUGGUGCAGAGUCGAAGAAUUCUCCAAGUGGGCAACUCUAUAGCGAGAAGCUACCCAGCAUUGAUUCCGAACGCAAGGGGGGCUAA